UUGGACGGCUGGGAUCUGAAGGCCCUCGCGAAUGCAUACGUCGCUGUGGAAUCUUGGGGCAGGUCGCCAGUGUCGGCGCUGAACGAACUGGGCGUUCGAGUCCGUUAUACACUAGUGGAGCAGAGUGGACCAGCACACUGUCCGAGCUUCACCGUUGUCAUCACUGUGGCGGACAUGCGGUCAGAGGGCAGGGGCCACAGCAAGCGGGAGGCUCGAGCCGCGGCGGCUCGCGCCUCCCUGGUAGCGCUGCUGACGCGCGUGGACGGCAUGCAGCCGGCGGCGCUGCUGAAGCGCGCGGACGACAUGCAGCCGGCGGCGUUGCUGACGCGCGCGGACGGCAUACAGCCGGCGGCGUUGCUGACGCGCGCGGACGGCAUGCAGCCGGCGGCGCUGCUGACGCGCGCGGACGGCAUGCAGCCGGCGGCGCUGCUGACGCGCGCGGACGGCAUGCAGCCGGCAGCGCUGCUGACGCGCGCGGGCGACAUGCAGCCGGCGGCGUUGCUGACGCGCGCGGACGGCAAUCAGCCGGCGGCGCUGCUGAGGCGCGCGUACGCCAUGCAGCCGGCGGCGCUGCCGACGCGCGCGGACAUCAUGCAGCCGGCGGCGCUGCUGACGCGCGCGGACAUCAUGCAGCCGGCGGCGCUACUGACGCGCGCAGACGGCAUGCAGCCGGCGGCGUUGCUGAAGCGCGCGGAGAGAAUGCAGCCGACGGCUCUGCUGACGCGCGCGGACGACAUGCAGCCGACGGCUCUGCUGACGCGCGCGGACGACAUGCAGCCGGCGGCGCUGCUGAAGAGCGCGGACGACAUGCAGCCGGCGGCGCCGACCCACCAGGACACCAGCGACGAGCCGCCCGAGGGACAAGAUGCAUUGGACAUUUGGAAUCUGAAGGCCCUCGCGAAUGCAUACGUCGCUGUGGAAUCUUGGGGCAGGUCGCCAGUGUCGGCGCUGAACGAACUGGGCGUUCGAGUCCGUUAUACACUAGUGGAGCAGAGCGGACCAGCACACUUUCCGAGCUUCACCGUUGUCGUCACUGUGGCGGACAUGCGGUCAGAGAGCAGGGGCCACAGCAAGCGGGAGGCUCGAGCCGCGGCGGCUCGCGCCUGCUUGGUAGCGCUGCUGACGCGCGCGGACGGCAUACAUCCGGCGGCGCUGCUGAAGCGCGCGGACGACAUGCAGCCGGCGGCGUUGCUGACGCGCGCGGACGGCAUACAGCCAGCGGCGUAG